AGUAUAUAUAGAUAUCUUAUAAGUUGGGGACUUAUAUCAUUAUAGAGGGCAUGCAAAUGAUGAAUAUGAAUGUAAUGGAAGUGAAGGUGAAGGAGAGGACUCUAGUGAAGCCGGCUGAUCAGAAUGGCCCUCCUCGACCAAUCAACUUUAUUCCAUUAUCAGAUUUGGACUUGAUUUAUGAGGAAAUGAGAAAGCGGAUGAGCACAUGCCUCUAUUUCUAUAAUAAGCCUAACCAAGAAGAAGUUCCAACAUCUAACCACUUUUUCGACCCUUCUCUCCUCAAAAAAUCUCUUGCUAAGGUUCUCGUUCCAUUUUAUCCAAUUGCAGGCCGUCUUGGCCACGACCACAACCGUCGUCUUCAGAUUAACUGCAAUGACGACGGUGUGUUGUUUGUCGUGGCCGAGACUAGCUCUCACAUCCACGACCUUGGAGAUUUUACCUCUUCUUCGAAUCUCUCCAAGCUCAGUCCUCCGGCCCCCGACUACUACUCUACCGAAAUUUCUUCUAUCCCUUUACUGGCUUUGCAGGUUACUUAUUUUGGAUGCGGUGGAAUUUGUGUAAGUGUUGGAGGAGCACAUGUUGUAAUGGAUGGAAAUUCAGCUUUCGAUUUCGUAAAUGCAUGGUCUCAAAUUACUCGAGCCAAACCCACCAUCACAACUCCACCAGUUUUUGAUAGGACUUUACUCUCUCCUCGAAAUCCACCACAAAUAUUGUUUGACCACACUAAUGAUGGAUAUCGACUCCUUCAUCAACCCAACCAAGACAACGAUUAUGAUGAUCUUAAUAAUAAUAACAACAACUUCAUCAAAGUGAUUGUAGUCAAAAUCACUAAGGAUCAACUCAACGCUUUGAAACUCAAAGCUAAUAAUAAUUUGAGCACAUUUUCGAUUUUGGCUGGCCUUAUAUGGAAAUGCACGUGCAUGGCACGUGAACUUUCUAAAGAUGAAGAGACUAAAUUAAGUUUUUCUUCUAAUGGAAGGUCGAAACUUAAACCACCACUUCCACUUGGUUAUUUUGGCAAUGUCGUUUUUGAAAAUACGACAACGGCUUUGGUUGGUGAUCUUCAAUCCAAACCCUUUUGGUAUGCAUCUAAUCUUGUUCAGGAAACUUUGACAAGGAAUUUGGAAAAUGAGUAUUUGAAAUCUGUGAUCGACUUUCUGAAAGUUCAUCCCAACACAAAGCGUAGGUUUGAAUUUGGAUCUCCAAACCUUGGAAUUAAUAGUUGGUCUAAAUUUUCUAUUUAUGAUGCUGAUUUUGGGUGGGGUCCACCUUUUUUGGCACAUUGUGGAGCUAUAACUAAUGAGGGAAGAUCAUGGAUUUUCGAUAAUAAUACUAAUAAUGGAGAUUUAUCUGUAUACAUAUCUCUUUAUUCUCAGCACGUGGAAAAGUUUAAUAGUUAUUUUAAGAAUUUAUUGAAUCAAAUUUAAAAGUGACAUGCACUUAAUUAAAUAAGUUGAUUAAUUAUAUUUGUUCUAAA